AUGCUGUGCGCCUCGCUCGCGCUGCUCGCCGCGCACCGCGCUCCUGCGGCGCCACGCUCUCGCGGGGGAGCCAGAUCGGCGGUCGUCAGCCCGACUACCCCUGCGCCGCUGCCUCUCGUCGAGCGCUUCUGGAGCAAGGCGGCAUAUCUCUCUCACCACAGCGAGGUGCUCGGCGACGCCCUCGCCUUCGCCGCCGAGGCGCACGAUGGGCAGCGGCGGAGGUCUGGGGAGGCCUUCAUCGUGCACCCGAUCGAGGUCGCCAUCAUUCUCGCCGGGUGGCGCAUGGACGCUGAUGCGAUCGUUGCGGGGCUGCUGCACGACACGGUGGAGGACACCGACGUCACCGUCGAGCAGAUCGAGGGGCGCUUCGGCGCGGCCGCCGCGUCAAUCGUCGCCGGCGUGACAGACGGCGCGGCGGUGCCCGCCUCGCAGAGCCAGCGCGAGCUGCUGCUCGCCAUCUCGCGGGACUGGCGCGUGGCGCUUCUCAAGCUCGCCGACCGCACGCACAACAUGCGAACGCUGGAGCACAUGCCUGCCGCGAAGCAGGCCGCGAAGUCGCGCGAGACGCUGGACCUCUUCGUCCCCCUGGCCCGGCGGUUAGGCGUCGAGGAGAUUGAGCGCGAGCUCGACCAGCUGUGCGUCUCGUACCUCGGCGAGGAGCGGCCUGAUGGGCCGUCCCUCCUGGACAGCUUGCUCGAGGACGAGCGGAUAUGCCUCCGCCGCCAGCGGGCCUGCUGGCGCGAGCACCGCGGCGCAUGCGCUUCUUCCGUUUGACGGACCAUGCUAGUUCGGUUUCUGCCUAUGCCAUGGACAUGGACGGCAUGGCGACAUUGUGUGUUGUGAUGUGUAUGUGUAUGUGUAUGUGUGGCCCGCGGCGGUGCGGGAAGAGAGUGGUCCUCUCCCGGCCGUGGUUGCCCCAUGUGUGAUCGUGUGAUUUUUCGCAUAGAUUAGUUGCAUACAUUCUUGCU